AGGGCGCGGGAGGCCGCGGAGCCGCGAUCGCCGCCAUAUUAAGGAGAGCGGAGCCGGGAAUCCCGUCAGUGGCGGCCGCAGCCGACCCGGCGGGGCUGCGGGCAACAGAGGCGGUGCGGCGCGGCGCGGCGCCGGAAGAGGCGGAGCCGCGGAGCCAGCCGGUGACGGGAGCGAGCCAGGCUGACUUUGGCUGGCUGGACUUGGUGGCCUGACUUGGCCGGCAGCCGUACCUGCCCUGCCUCACCAUGGACCAGGACUAUGAGCGGCGCCUUCUUCGGCAGAUUGUCAUCCAGAACGAGAAUACGAUGCCGUGUGUCUCUGAGAUGCGACGGACCUUGACACCUACCAACUCCCCCGUGUCCUCCCCCAGCAAGCAUGGGGACCGCUUCAUCCCCUCAAGAGCGGGUGCCAACUGGAGUGUCAAUUUCCACAGGAUCAAUGAAAAUGAGAAAUCUCCCAGCCAGAACCGGAAAGCCAAGGAUGCCACCUCGGACAAUGGCAAAGAUGGCCUGGCCUACUCAGCCCUACUGAAGAAUGAGCUGCUAGGGGCCGGCAUUGAGAAGGUGCAGGACCCACAGACGGAGGACCGCAGGCUGCAGCCUUCCACGCCCGAGAAGAAGGGCCUGUUCACGUAUUCCCUCAGUACCAAGCGCUCGAGCCCUGAUGACGGAAAUGAUGUGUCUCCCUACUCCUUGUCGCCAGUCAGUAACAAAAGUCAGAAGUUAUUGCGAUCACCACGGAAACCCACCCGCAAGAUCUCCAAGAUCCCCUUCAAGGUUCUGGAUGCACCUGAGUUGCAGGACGACUUCUACCUGAACCUGGUGGACUGGUCAUCUCUCAAUGUGCUCAGUGUGGGGCUGGGCACCUGCGUGUACCUGUGGAGCGCCUGCACCAGCCAGGUGACCCGGCUCUGUGACCUCUCUGUGGAAGGGGACUCGGUGACUUCCGUGGGCUGGUCUGAGCGGGGGAACCUGGUGGCCGUCGGCACACACAAGGGCUUUGUGCAGAUCUGGGAUGCAGCUGCGGGAAAGAAGCUCUCCAUGCUAGAAGGCCACACGGCACGAGUUGGAGCGCUGGCCUGGAAUGCCGACCAGCUCUCAUCUGGGAGCCGGGAUCGCAUGAUCCUGCAAAGGGACAUCCGCACCCCGCCCCUGCAGUCGGAGCGGCGGCUGCAGGGCCACCGGCAGGAGGUGUGCGGGCUCAAGUGGUCCACGGACCACCAGCUCCUUGCCUCAGGAGGCAAUGACAACAAGCUGCUGGUCUGGAACCACUCGAGUUUGAGUCCUGUGCAGCAGUACACAGAGCACCUGGCAGCCGUGAAAGCCAUAGCCUGGUCCCCUCAUCAGCAUGGGCUUCUGGCAUCCGGCGGCGGCACGGCGGACCGCUGCAUCCGCUUCUGGAACACGCUCACAGGGCAGCCACUGCAGUGCAUCGACACAGGCUCCCAGGUGUGCAACCUGGCCUGGUCCAAGCACGCCAAUGAGCUGGUUAGCACACAUGGCUACUCACAGAACCAGAUCCUGGUCUGGAAGUACCCGUCCCUGACCCAGGUGGCCAAGUUGACCGGGCACUCCUACCGAGUUCUGUACCUGGCCAUGUCCCCUGAUGGAGAGGCCAUCGUCACUGGUGCUGGAGACGAAACCCUGAGGUUCUGGAAUGUCUUUAGCAAAACUCGUUCGACAAAGGUAAAGUGGGAAUCUGUGUCUGUCCUCAACCUCUUCACCAGGAUCCGGUAAACCACGGCCCAGCCAUCAGGGCAGAGGAGCACCACCUGUCAUCACGUGCAUGACCCUCCCUCCUGCACAUGUUCCCAGAGGAAGCAGCCGGGGUGGGCGGGGAGCCGGGCCCAGAGAGACCCUGAAGAUUCUCAUUAAAGCCUGAUUGCGAA